CUGGUCAGUAUUGCCAGUAUGAGAUGUGAUCAGUGAUAGCACGAGGUGUGUGAAAGUCUACCUCAGCUCUUUUUAUCGUCAUCAAUCAUCAUCGGGAAACACUAAAACCGUAUGCUCACACAGCGUUAGGUUAGGUUUAGGCUACGAAUAUCUGGUGGUAAUGAUGGCAUGGGUGUAUGUGUCGUGGUUGUUGAUAAUGGAAGCGAUGGCCGCUCACGCCAGCACAUCCACGAAUUUCGAAGAAAUAAAAUAUCCAGAUUCCCGAUUGAGAGAAGACCUGCAGCAGCUGAGUGAUGGACUGACUGAGGACAACCAAUAUUACUCUAGUCUCGUGCACUCUCGUUCACUCUAUGAUCAACAACUAUCAAUAGCGGCCGACUGUGCUGACCACCUGAUGGGCGGGGCCAUCACCAGCGGUGUAUAUUACAUCUACCCCUUCACGUGUAGCUGCAGAAAGCCGGUGCCGGUGUGGUGUGACAUGGAAACUGACGGAGGCGGGUGGACGGUGUUCUUGACGCGGCAGACACAAGACUCUCAAGUAGACUUCAACCGAUGGUGGCAGGAAUACAAGAGCGGUUUCGGCGACCCUCACGGAGAAUACUGGCUUGGAAACGAACAUCUUCACCAAAUGACGUCUUCACGAAGUUACUCAGUAAGAGUUGACUUUACCAGUGAUGCUGGAGUUAGUUAUUAUCUCUACAGGACCUUCAUUAAGGUGGCUAGCGAGGCUGAGAGGUACGGGUUGUCUCUGGGCGCUGUUGCCUCUUAUAACACCUCAACUGGCUGCUUCGCCACCUCCGGCAGCCCGUCCUUCAGCACCAAGGACCAAGACUACGACUCUGCUACUGGUAACUGCGCCGUGACGAAGGGUGGUGGCUGGUGGUACUACAAUUGUCUCUACAACAACCCCACCUCGCCCUAUAACAGCGGUCUAAGUUUUACCUGUUAUCCCAAGAGAGUGAUUAAACUGUCCAAACUUCAGGUCAAGAUUCGACCCACAGCCUUUAAUUCUUCCCUCUGCCGGAGCUGCUAUCAGUAACGGCCGACAGUGGCACUCUAGGCUGGCUUAUGGCACCUCUCAGCCUGAUGAGGGAUCGCAUUAUGUACAAUGGAUAUAAUAUGAAUAAUAAU